CGCUCUCGGACCCGUCGGCCAAGGAAAAUUGUAUGCUGCACCUUCUACGCUCCCUGCCCGACCCGAACCUCAUCACCUUCCUCUUCCUCCUAGAACACUUAAAAAGGGUUGCCGAGAAGGAGCCCGUCAACAAAAUGUCCCUACACAACCUGGCCACCGUCUUCGGCCCGACAUUGUUGAGACCCUCAGAAGUGGAGAGCAAGAGUCACGUCACUUUGGCCUCAGACAUCUGGUCCCACGAUGUGAUGGCGCAGGUCCAAGUGCUGCUGUACUAUUUGCAACACCCGCCCGUCUCCUUCGCCGAGCUGAAACAUAACGCGCUCUUCUUAUCCACGGAUGUGUAGUGGCAGGCAGUUCCGCAGCCGUUAUAUCGCCGUCUCCGUUUCUCGAAGCGGAAGGGUCCCCCCCGGGCAGAGGCAGCUUCUGGACACUGACCACACACACCCUUACCCAAGGAGGGCUUUGGGCUCUUCGGGGGGGGGGGCAUCCUGCCUGCUGCAGCCCACCCCCACCCCCCACAACACCUCCCCCUCCCCGAAUUGUUUUGUACAAGUCUUUUCCCAGCUCCUCCCUCCCUCCCUCCCUCCGAGGAGUCCGGCUCUUUUUGUCUGCACAAGGGCCCCCUUGACAUUGGCCGGAGCUGUUUCGGACGCCCGUCCCUUUGGGCCGCAGAAAGGAAGCGAGCCACGGACAAGAGAUCGGGGCCCGGCCUUGAGUGGAUCUCCCGGGCCUUUCCCCAGAAAGUUGUCAUCUUCUGGGUUGCACAGAGUGCUCGAACAGCCAAGCAUCUCGUGUUUCCUCCCUUGUGGUCUUUAUCAAGGCAGCUUCUUCUGUUUGUUCUGUCCUUGGCUGUUGCAUGAAUGGUACUUCAGCUUUGAUUUUGCUUCUUCCUUCUUUCCUUUCUUCUCUUCCCUUCUUUUCUCCUUUUCCUUCUCCCUCUUCCGUUCUCCUUUUU